ACUAUAAAAGGGUGUUGCUUAGUAUAGAUCAAGGUGCCUAUAUCAAAGCCCUUUAGCCUAUCCAUGGUGUCUUUAAACUAUAAAACAGCAAAACCAUCUCAUAUCAAAUUCAAAAUGCCUUGUAUCAAAAUGCAUUUGCCCUUUGCUUCUCUUCUUCUUCUACUAUCUUUCAAUAUGAUCUCCUCCUUUUGCCUCGCCGCCACGGCAUCUUCUUCUUCUUCAUGCCACCCGGAUGAUGAAGCCGGGCUUCUGGCAUUCAAGGUGGGUAUUACCAGUGACCCGUCUGGAUUCCUCUCGUCGUGGGUACCCGGAUCCGAUUGUUGUCGUUGGUCCAGUGUCCAAUGCGGAUCCAAACAUCGGGUCACUGUUUUAUCCAUUUAUGGGCAAGAAGAGUACAAUCGAACUCUGGGCGGUACCAUUUCGCCCGAACUCGCCAAACUCAAGUAUCUGGACACCAUUUUGCUUCAAUAUUUAAAAGGUUUGACGGGUCCUUUUCCCGGGUUCCUAUUCGGGCUUCCCAUGAUCCAAACCAUUUUCAUUGUGGAUAACCAGUUGUCCGGUCAAAUACCUGAAAGCAUCCGGAAACUAACCCGGGUCCGUUCCAUGAGUUUCCAGGGGAACCGGUUCGCCGGGCCAAUACCGAGUUCAAUCGGCGAGUUGACUCAGUUGACCGAGCUCCACCUCGGCAGCAACCUUCUCUCCGGCAAGAUCCCGGACAGCAUCCGGCAGCUCAGGCAACUGAAAACUCUGAACCUCGAGAAUAACACCCUCUCCGGCACCCUGCCGGACCUGUUCGACUCGUUUCUCGACCUCGAAACACUCAGGCUAUCCUUCAACCGAUUCUCCGGCGGAAUCCCGAACAGCAUUUCCAGCCUGUCGCCGAAACUGCAGUUCCUGGAGCUCGGCCAUAACAACCUGAGAGGCGAAAUCCCGGGCUUCCUCGGAAAAUUCCAGGCGCUGGAGAAACUAGAUCUGUCCUGGAACCGCUUCUCCGGCGUCGUGCCGACGAGUUUCGUGAAUCUGACAACAAUAUUCGACCUAAUCCUCUCUCACAACCAACUGGAGGAUCCAUUCCCGGAGAUGAACGUCGCAAGAGCACAAUCACUGGAUCUAUCGCACAACAAAUUCCACCUGAAAGAGAUCCCGAGGUUCGUCACAUCGUCUCCCAACAUGUUCGUCCUGAGGCUGGUGAAAUGCGGCCUGAAGAUGAAUCUGGACGAUUGGAAGCCGGAGGAGUAUUUGUUUUACAGCUACAUCGACCUAUCGGAGAAUGAUAUAACAGGGAGUCCGGUGGGGUUGCUGAACAGAACGGAUUAUCUGAGAGGGUUUUAUGCGUCCGGGAACAAACUGAAGUUCGAUCUGGAGAAGAUGAGGCUUAAUGAGGUGGAGUUGAAUGAGCUAGAUUUAUCUAGAAACAGGGUGUUCGGGAGAGUUCCGGCCGCCGUCGCCCAGCUUCGGAAGGUGAAUCUCAGCCACAAUCGGCUGUGCGGCCAGCUUCCGCCGACGAAUUUCUCGUCCGGUGCGUUCGCCGGGAAUCCUUGCCUCUGUGGUGCUCCUUUAUCGCCCUGCAAACUUGACUGAGGAGCAAGUUACUCCGCAUCUUUUAUCAAAGUUGACAACUAAAAAAAAAGAGUCGAAGUUGACAACAAUAAUUUGAGAUAAGCCAAAAAAUUAUCUCCAACCAUAAAUAUAUUGUUUUCCUUGUUUACUUAAAUUACUCCCUCCAUUCCAAUUCUAAUUGUUUUUUAUUAGUAAAAUUUGCACUAAAUAGGACUAAAACAUAAUAAUUUUUCCAAUGUAAGACUUAAACUUUUUUAUUCUCUAAAUAAGACUUAAUAAUGACCUCGUGGGAGGAAUAAUGUCCAGUAAUGAUGGAUAUUUACUUGAAUAAUGACUCUUGAUAAUG